UGUUUCUUUUUAUUUCAGGUGGAAAAUCGUGCAUUACGCUUACGUGAAGCUAUGCAACAAUAUCAGGAUGAGGUUAUACCUUCAUCACCGACAGCCUUGAAGCAACACCAACAACAACAGCUGCAGUCACUGCAACAAGAGCCACAACAACAGCUGCUACAACAACAUCACUAUGCUGCUGCCUCACAAAACUCAAAUCGAUUGCAUACAAACGUUUUCAUUGAAGGCAGUGUUGAUCCUGGUGGAUUUAAGCCACGUGUUGGCAGUUUGGGCUUAAAUGCAUUGUCACCUCAAGAGGAAACAUCGCAUCAUGUUAUCAGCACUAGUGGUUUAGCAGUGGCAACUAAUGGUCUAGGCGGUGCUAUAGGUGGUGUAGGUGAAUGGGAAUAUUUCGAUGAGGCUGGCUAUAUACGUGGUGGCGCCUUAAGGACUGGUGAAGAUCCCUACAUACGUAAUCGUUUCAAUCAAGAGGCUAGUGAUGCUUUACCCAGUAAUCGUGAAAUACCCGAUACAAGACACCCCAUGUGCCGCAAUAAAAACUAUCGCAAAGAUUUGCCAGAGACCAGUGUCAUUAUAACAUUCCACAAUGAGGCCCGUUCAACGCUAUUGCGUACCAUAGUCAGUGUCCUCAAUCGUAGUCCAGAGCAUUUAAUACGUGAAAUUAUAUUGGUAGAUGAUUUCAGUGAUCACCCUGAGGAUGGUCAAGAGUUGGCUAAAAUCGAUAAAGUGCGUAUAAUACGUAACGAUAAACGUGAAGGUUUAGUAAGGUCGCGUGUACGUGGUGCAGAUGCUGCCGUAGCCGGUGUUUUAACAUUUCUCGAUAGUCAUGUCGAAUGCAAUGAACAGUGGCUGGAACCUUUGUUAGAACGUGUACGUGAAGAUCCCACCCGUGUUGUGUGUCCUGUUAUCGAUGUCAUCAGCAUGGAUAAUUUCCAAUAUAUAGGAGCAUCCGCUGAUUUGCGUGGUGGUUUUGAUUGGAAUUUGAUUUUCAAAUGGGAAUACUUGAGUCCAGCAGAGCGUACAGCACGUCAACAUGAUCCUACCACUGCUAUUCGCACGCCCAUGAUUGCGGGUGGUCUAUUUGUUAUCGACAAGGCAUACUUUAACAAAUUGGGCAAAUACGACAUGAAAAUGGAUGUUUGGGGUGGUGAGAAUUUAGAGAUUUCAUUCCGUGUCUGGCAAUGUGGUGGUAGUUUGGAAAUAAUACCUUGUAGUAGAGUGGGUCAUGUAUUCCGUAAGCGUCAUCCGUAUACAUUUCCGGGUGGUAGUGGUAAUGUAUUUGCACGCAAUACUCGUCGUGCUGCAGAAGUAUGGAUGGAUGAUUACAAACAAUACUAUUAUGCCGCAGUGCCGUUGGCCAAGAAUAUAGCAUUUGGAAACAUUGACGACCGUUUAGCCCUCAAGGAAAAAUUACAGUGUAAACCAUUUAAAUGGUAUUUAGAACAUGUUUAUCCUGAUUUACAAGUUCCUGAUUCAUAUGAGUUUGGUCAGUUUCGUCAAGGUGAUUUCUGUUUGGAUACCAUGGGAAAUUUGGCGGAUGGUACUGUUGGUAAGUUCCAAUGCCACAACACGGGCGGCAAUCAAGAGUGGGCCUACACCAAACGACAACAAAUAAAACAUGAUGAUCUCUGCUUAACACUGGUACAAUUCUCACGCGGUUCACAGGUGGUAAUGAAACUCUGCGAUGAUUCGGAAAAUCAAAAAUGGAUAUUACGCGAAGGCGGUUUCAUACGUCAUCAUAAAUUAAAUGUUUGCCUCGAUUCUAGGGAUCAUACAGAAAUUGGUGUAUCGGCACAACGUUGCAAUUCGGUGCUGGAGACUCAACGAUGGCUGUUUACCACAACAAAAGCGUGAAAGGCAACUAACUAAUGGACGUGCAAUGGUGGCGAUAAUGGCAUGGCCAGCAUUAUGGGUUAACACAAUACGGCUGGCAAGUGUACGAGGAGAUUUAAGUUUAAAAAACUGAAAAUAAGAAGACUUUAUAUUAUUUAAAAAAAACAGAAAAGAAAAUAAAACAAAACAUAAAGAAAAUAAAAUUAAAACAGAAAAAUAUGCAAAUUCCAAAAGAAAAAAGAGAGUAAGAAGAAAAAGUAUAUAUAUAGGAACCGGAAACAUUUCAUACAGCAGCAUACUCGUUCAUAUAAAUAUUUAAUUAUAAUUUAUGUUAAAAACAAAAAAAAAAAAGAAAAACAAAAACAAAAGAAGACCGAAAAUGUAUUGCCACAAAUUGUAACGUAUUUAUAACUUUUUAAAUCGAUAGGGGUGGCAAUAAAUUAAAAGUCAGUGGUAGGAUGACAAGAAAUAAGAAAAGCUCAAGGAAGAAUAUAAGUUAAAGGAAUGUUGUUAAAAAUCAUGUUGUUUUAGUUUUUGUUUUAUUUUUAAAUUUUUACUAGUGAUAUUAAAUAUUGUUUUUCCUUAAUAGUUUUUUUUAUUUUGUUUUGUUUAAUAGAAAUUUAUUAUUUUGUUGUUUUUACUUUUCUUAGUUUGUUUGAUUUACUGAAUACUGCUCUAUGUUAUCUUUGUUUCCGUUUUCUUGCUAAUUAUGAAUAAUGUUAACAAUGAUUAAUGUAUGUUUUUUUUGCUUUGCUAUUUCAAUUGAAAUUUAUAUGUAUGUAUAUGUUGUUAUACAUAUAUGUAUAAAUGAUUAAGUAUAAGUUAGAUAUUUGUAAUGAAAUUUUUUUUAAGCAAUGACUGAAUAUUUGUAUAUUUGUUAGGAAAUUUCUGCUUUAAUUGUUUUAACAAAUGGUCGCAUUUUAUGUCACUUUAGUGCUGAAACUUUGAGUCCAAAAUGAGCCAAUUGAUUUACAAAGGAAUGUUACUAACUCUUUUAUUAGUCAAUCAUUUAUCAUUCGUUCAUAUAACAACUUAUUAAGAUUUGUUUCUAAGUUUUUCACACAUUCUUUACAGUUCCAACAAAUAUAUCAAAUAAAAGGAAUUUGAAUAAACUUUUCUUUGAUGCCCAUUUGUAAUCUCUUUAUUAAAAGUUUAAAGCCUAAUUAAGAUGUCGGAAGUUUUGGGAAAACUUAGUUUUACAAUCAUACAGACAGACAGACAGACAGACAGACGGACGGACGGACGGACACAGUUUAUAGGAUCGACAAAUUUCUAUAUUGAGACAUUAAAAGGAGAAAUAUAAACUUUUAUAAGGAACAAGAUAAAUUUGUUAGAACAAAUACUUCCAUUCCUAAAAAAGUUUUAAUAAAACUUAAACAAAAAUGGUAUUUUUUAGUUUAAUUACUUUAAUAUCCAUACCAGGGAUGAGGUUAUGGAAACUCUUUUCCAUAAUACUUAAGAAAAUAUGGAUCCAUCUAAAAUAGUUUACAAUAAUUUGAUUUAGUUUUUACUUUUUGAGAAAUUUUGACCUAAAUUUGAAUUUUACUUAAAAAGAAUCAAUUACUUUUUUACCCAACUUAGUGGUGUAGGGAUAUUAUGUGUUUGUGCUGAUGUGUUACAAACAACCACUUAAAUGUAUACAAAUCGGAUCAGAGUUACUUUCAGAAACGAUUUAUCUAUAUUCAUUCGUCCGUCUGUGUGUGCUAAAAAAAAUUAAUUAGCCCUACCCAUUUGCAGAAACCCAGCUGCUCCUUUAGUAGGUUCUUGAUUACGAACUCAAGAAUAUUUCCUCUUUUCUAACCGAAGAAAUAUAUUGUUGUAGUCCUACCCAUUUGCAGAACCCUGUCUUUAUCUUUGGUAAGUUUUUGAGGUCCUAAUUCCGAACUCAAGAAUACUUUCUCUUUUCUAACCGUUUUUGUUUUUUGUACCAGGAUGCGUCACCUUUUUGAACUAUUUUUCAUAAAGGAAAAUGAUUAAAUCAUUUAAAUGACACGCCUCUUUUUGCACGCCCACUUAAGCAGAAAAAGUAAAGCCAAAUUUUGACUUAGAAGAUUCGAUUCAGCGAGGAAGAGAAUCUAAACAAAGUUAUAUAUCGUUUUAAACAUUCCCAUACUUUACAGAACCUUGCCUACUCCAUUGGUAGGUUCUUGAGGUUUAAAUUCUCAAACUCAACAUUAUUUCCUCUUUCCUAAUCGUUUCGCUUCCCUACUGUACAUCUACUACUAUUCAUAGGGAAAAAACAUAAUUUAAUAAUUUAUACGACACGCCCCUUUUUUAUACGCCCUCUUUAGUAAAUAAAGCAAUGCCAAAUUUAUACUUAAAACUAAAACUUGUUUCUAUCAAUUUGCAAAUUAUUUGACAUCACAUUUAGGUGCCUUGCCUCUUUUUACGCCCACAACAACUAAAGAAGAUAUCAACUAAAACUAUAUGAAAUUAGGAGUUGGAUCGGAUGACAAGCCUUUUUUUACGCAAACCUUUUGUCAUUUGCUUUGCUACGCUGGCUCCGUAUAGAGUUGUUCCUUAGUACCACGCCCACUUCCGGUAAUGCUCAACACAUACAUAUAGAUACUAUAAGAAUUUUUAGGAGAAAUGUAAAACUGUGAAAGAACUAAAUCAUAGGAGCGUAGAGUAAGUGUCUGGGAAAGAAUUUGUCAAUUGAAUUGAUGGGUUUCGAGUUCCCAAAGUUUUAAAAGAGAAAUAAGUGAAUCACAAUUUGUGCUCAAAAAUUUGCAAGUUUUUUUUUAAUUUUCGCUUUUGAUUCAGUCAUUGCCUAAAAUGUCAUUAACAAAUAUGAUCUGUUUUAACAAAGUUUUUUUUUCUUUUUUGUUUAUAUAAGUGUUAAAAUAUUUUUUAUUAUAUUUACAGUUUAGAAAUUGUUAUGCCUGUGAAAAUUUAAUUUAAAAAUUUCAGUUUUAGAUAGUUUUAAAUUUAUUAAUAAUUGUCCAAUUCACAAUCGAUGUCGUAUCGUUGUAUGUCAUAAAAUUGUUUGAAACAAUAACAAAUCAAUUAAAAAAAAUACGACUUACUACGAUACAACCGUACAACACGGAUUGUGAAUUGGACAAAUAUGUUUUGGUUCAGAAAUAGGUAGAAAUUAAUGGUUUUAAAUUCUAUAUUAUAAUAAAGUUCAACAACCAUACAUCAUCGGUCUGAUCUUAGCGUAUUCAAUAUUAAGAUUAAAUUGAUUAAAAUUUGUGAAAACAUUUAUAAUCAAUUGCCAAACCUAUUGCUGAAUUAGAUCAGAUCAUCAGUUUUAUUAAAAUAUUUUGAAUUAUUUUGUAUGUUUUAAAAGAAAUCAUUAGUUUACAACAAUUAAAGUAAUUUUUAAAUGAUAAAGUCAAGAAGUAUUCUUUACAGUCAGUCAUUUAAGUUCCUUGAAAAACAUUCCAUCAUAAAAAAUUAAAGAAUAAUAAACAACCGUUUUGACAGAUUGUCUUUAAAACGAACAUAGCGCAAUAGAAAGUAUUCAACAUCAAGUGAACUGCAAAAUUGAAAAAUAUUCAAAAACUAUUGUAAAUCUAAAAAAGAUUUUGAAAAUAAAAUCAAAAUAUUUUAAUUUUAGUUAAACAGAAUUCUUUAAAUUCCAUGGAAACAUUUCAAAUUUUCUAAUUUU